UUGCGUAUUGUGUACGCUCAGUGAGGCGUGCAAUACUAUCAGUUUCUAUAUUAUGGAAGUAGAUUUCAUAUUUCUUGUUCUGAUAUCAUGACGGUUUGCCUGUAGUAAUGUUAUCUUCCACUGGGUUUACCGAGGGGUAGACACUUUCAUUGGUCAUAUUUCUGUGGGAUUUUAAAAUAAAAUGGACAUAGCAGUGGACAUCUGAACGUAAUGGGCUCAGGUUCUGCUAUCUCCAUGCCGUGCGGCAUCCACGACAAUCGAGGACACUGGCCGGCCUGUCAGCGUUACUACGGACACUUGUUGCUUCUGUGAGACGUAAGAACAUAGCCACAGAAUGUUGCCAAAAGUCCAGACAUUUGCAGACCAUACAAGUAUGUUUCCUGCUCCGUCGGCAACCGUGGGCUUCUGUAUAUGGCGACACUUGCGUGACUGAUCAAUGUGGAGUAUGUAUUAUGCAUGGGCUGGUACCCGAGACGCUACCACCAUACUCACAUACAUUUAACCAGUGGUAUUUCAAACCUCGGAUGGUGAACGGAAGUCACGUGUUUGGUAUGUAAUAAAACACUGUUGAGUGAAGGUUUCCUUUUGGAGAAUGUAGAGUGAUUCAUGUGUUGACUUGGAACACAGAGAGAAGAUCGUUCAAUACCCCGAUGUGUGGACUGGGAAUACAAUGACAUUACGUCUACACAUCAGUUUUCCGUUCUGCCGGUGAAGGGACAAGGGAGUACUACAUGAUUGGUAAACGUGGGUUAGCCCGCACCAGCCACUGCAGUCCACAGCAUCAUGUAGCACAGGUGUGUAAAGAUGAAGAUUGAACACCGUUGUUGGUGAUAUAUUUUACAGACUUAUUGUUAUUGUGUGGAAUUAGUUCUGUCGUGAACAUGCGGGCCUCAAGCCUCAUAACAUCUCGACGUUUCUGUCACCGUGUAUUUUGUUUUGUGCUCGGGGUGUUUGUGGGGCUACAGAUGUACGCCGCUCUCUGGCCUUGGGGGAGUAACGGGGACAGGACGGGGGAAUCUCGCACCCUCAACACACUCAAACUGUUGAAAGAUUUGACUGUAGGCAAAUUAUCGCCGUAUACGCUUGCCCCUGUUGUCACUGACAUUGAACUGUUGAAUGUGAAUAUAUCCACCAAUAAACACGCCUCUCUGAAGACUUUGCUAAGACUCAACUCUGAACAGCAUAUUCGUAACAUUGAAAAAUUUCAACUCGAUUUCCAUGACAAUUCUGUCGUUAUAUUGAUUCAAGUUCACAAAAGACUGGAAGACCUACAGAUAAUGAUAGAAUCCAUGAAAUCAGUGCGAUACAUCAACCAGACACUAGUCGUCUUCAGCCAUGACUACUAUUCUCCAGAAACGUUCAAACUUGUAUUUUCUAUAGAAUUUUGUCCCGUGUUGCAACUGUUUUACCCGUACGCCAUACAGUUCUACGACAAGCAGUUCCCCGGAGAUAGUCCCAGUGACUGUCCUAGAGACAUAGGGAAGGAAAUGGCUAUGGCCAGGGGCUGUGACAAUGCCAAGUUUCCAGACACGUACGGCCACUACAGGGAGGGAAGGUUCACUCAGAUAAAACACCAUUGGGUUUGGAAACAGCAUUAUGUCUUGGAUCGAGUCCGUAUUCUGAAAGACUUCACAGGAGUUGUGCUGCGUUUAGACGACGAUUACUAUUUGGCUGAGGACAUCAUUCAUGUGAUUCGGCUUUUAAAUGAUGAAAAACCCGUGGCCUGUCCCUCUUGUUUAAUGUACAUUCUUGGGGAACACGAGGAGCUGAAACCGAACUCCUACGUCUCUGAAACGGGAGAUGUAGUGAUAUCAAACUGGUUCACUGGGAUAGGAAGAGGAAUGGCUUUUAGAAGAGACUUCUGGAAAGUGUUCAAAUCAUGUGCCACGUCAUUCUGUAAGUUCGAUGAUUAUAACUGGGACUGGGCCCUCGAAUACAGCACUUCCAAUUGCUUCAAAGGUAUGAAAAUUCUCAAACCUAAAGCUGGACGAGUAUUUCAUAUAGGCACCUGUCAUGGCUUCCACAGGAACAUCAAAGGGUGCGACAGGGAGCGGGUAAAACGCAACAUACAAAAUGUAUUGGCCAUGCACCAACAAAAUCUCUUCCCACACAAAUUUAAAGUUUCUAAAAAUAGAGCAAAAACAAGAUUAAUGCGUCAAGGUUUUGGGGGCUGGUCCGACCCACGUGAUAAGGAGUUGUGUUUGAGAUUCUUUGAAAACAAAACUGAUGGUAUCAACAUGUUAAAUGAAGUAAAUAAAGUAAUCACCACCUGAUAACAAAUGUAUGUCGUCUGUCAGUCUCAGCCAGACUACCAGUUAAGGGGAAACCUAUAUUCCAUCUGCUUUGAAGUGGCGUGGUCAGUUUGAUGCUGUGUAAGCGACUGCAUACUGAAGGUACCAGUAACAUCCUUCAUCAAGCCCAAGACCAACACAAGAUUAUCCGUCGACAUAUUGUGUACAGCCGCUAUACAAACGUCGGAAGCUUGUGAAG